AUGUUCGCCAAAUAUUCAGUUGUGUUUGCUUUUAUCUUUUUAUUUUAUGUCGUAGUUGAAAGUUCAUUUAUAAAACCAAACAAUGUACCUAGAGUUGGGAGAAGUAACGAGGCAGAAGGAUUAUUUGACCAAAGUGUUAUGGGUUACGUUAUCAAAACAAUCCCAAGUAAAAACAUCCCACGCAUGGGCCGAAGGAACUACGAUUCGGCAAACAGAUAUGAUAUCCCAAAAUUCUAUCAAUUGCCGUCUGAAAACUUUGAAUUGUAUGAAGGUGAUGAUCAAACUAAAUAUAGCGAAGAACCGAUAGAAACUGCAUUUAAUAAGCAUUUGGAAAACAUGAAAUAA